AUGGGAAAAAGUGCACUCAGGCUGACUAUGCUGUCCAGCAAACAGACCCAAAAGACCCAAAGGGACAUGGCACCAGACCCAGUCAGCAUCUUCACUAAGAUGCGCAAGAGUUUGGCAGGGAAGCACUACCACAGAAACAACGGCGGCUUCGGUAAUGGAACGCAAACACGCAGCAAGUCCAUGACCAUCCCUCAAAUGGACCGCGAUACUGCGAUACCGUAUAUAAGAAACUCGUCUGUCGAUAAAGCUCGGCGUAGCAGUUACAGCUCUUCCCUAGCUGCGAAUGAGGAGCACGUGAAGGCAGGACUUGCCGGCGUAUCCAAUGGUUCCGUGCACAUGAAUGGUCAAGUGAUGAAUGGAACUUACGCAGCCAUGGAUGAGAACGCAAAUGAUGCCGCUAAGAGCGACUCGCACACAGAGCCCAAACGGCCCGAAGUCAGCGUCUUUGAAAAACAAGGGGCGCGGCCCAAAGUGCGCAAGACUUCAACUGCCGAUGACAGCACUAAAGCCUUUGACAAAAGUGCCUCUGGGGGAAAAGUCGGUCUGGAGCAAGGGAUGUGCCAUUCUGCAUGUUCUGGAUCCCCAAAGGAGCCACCAUGUGUGGAAAUGGCACAGCCUCACUUCCCGGCCGUUGAGAUCAACUGCGUCAGCUGUUCUGCUUCCAGGAGGGUGUCAUCUGAAGCUUCCUCCGGAGGUGGAAAAGCCGUAAUGCAGGUACCUCUCCAAGAACCAACCCCUGCUGGAGACCCGUCAGAGCUAGCAAUAACCCCGGGGUCUCAAUCAAGUGUCUUGUCCAACUCAGACCCUGCCUUGUCAAUGUCCGAGGCUCCUGAGAUGGAGAAUCCUGGCUGUAGAACAGAAAUUCCCAAGCCUAACCCUGCCGCUGAAUCUCAACUGAAAUCUGAUGAAGAAGAUGAAGAAAUCAAGCCAAGCUUUUCUGAACCAGAACAGAUUAAUGUUGAGGGACAGAUUCCCACAAAUCCAGCUGCAUCAUGCUUGAGUUGCCCAACCUGUGACGAAGCUAAGGUUAGUCAAACCUCGGGAAUCACCGCACUAAGUGCAUCUUGUGUUUCACCUGGAGAACAGUCAAGCACAGACCUGAAAUACAGCAGAGUGCCAGAUGUCGGGCAAGAAGAAUUGCCCAUGGAGCACGGCACACUGUUGACGAGCACUGAAGGCUCAGGUCAAAGGUCACCUUCGUCAAACGCAAACCAGACUGAGUCUCUUCUAAUUUCCGAAUCAGUCUCUGAAGUUGAAAAAAGUGUGGAAAGCAUUAACAAACUGGAUCCAUUAGAUGAAAGUAAAACUGGCAGCAGUAAAAUCUUAAAGGGUGACUUGAUUUCAGAAUCCAGAAGUGCUGUUGACCAGGCCAUGAUGGACAACAUUAUGGACUUAGUCCCAGCCGCCGUUGUUGAGAGUACGAGCAAACCAACCGGCGAUACAGAAUCUUGCAAAACAGAAGGCAGCAGGCACUGCUGCACAUGCACCUGCAACAAGCCGCUGGUACAUCCUGCACCUCCAAGCAGCAAGCGGGACAACGCAGUGAAAGCCACCCUCACAUUGGAAGACAUCCCCAAAGACAUUCCCGGCAGUUCCGGGGACUCUCCAAAACUUCCCCGGACCCCUCACAUCGCCAUGCUUGUCAACAGCGAUGAGCUAUUUGCAGAUGCGGACAGGAAGAGUAAGAGUCUGUCAGAGCAGGAUCUGCGCAUGCUGCAGACAUUGAAUGAUUUUUCCAUCCACCAAGAGGCCACGCAGAAAAAGCGGGCAUUUAAAAAACCAAGUCAGGCAAAUUACAGCGAGACCUCACCGGUCCUAGGUGCUGUGAAUGCAUCCCAAGAAUCGACCAGCAUCAGUCAAGAGUACCCUCCUGGUCUUGAAAGACAUGACGACAUCUUUGAGGAUCCUGCUAUUGUCUUAGGCGCUACAGGUGGUUCAGAUGAUAUCCCGAGGAGAAAGGCUCCUCGAGUUGACAGAAGCUCUAAACCCAAGGAGCUCUGUGAAGCAGCCAAAGGGGCCACAGCAGAGGAGCCUCCUCCUCUCCCACCAAGAUUGCCGGCAGCCAAAAAGAACGACCCAUUUGCUGCUUAUCCCAUAUUCGACGAUGAGGACGACGAUUUCCCAACUCAUGAGUUCCUUCAUGAGAUCAACAUGGACAUCUACACUGAUCCCAACACUACGAUCAAGAGCAGGUCUCUACCUCGGGACACGACCCCAAGCCAGCGGGCCUCACCUCCGGAGCUGCGGGCCUCACCUCCGGAGCUGCGGGCAGCAAAGAGGGGGAAGACGGUCAACAUGAGGAAUAGAUUCUCGCAGAUCUUCAAGCCGGGCAGCAAGAAGAAACGUCACUCCACCCACGGAUUUCCCGACCGGCCCUUGCCUGAUAUCCCGCUCAACCCGAGGCUUCCCAGGAGCAGCGGAAACGCACGGCAGACCAACUCGGUCUUGUUUGGAACAUCUACAGGGGACAUUGUGUCACAGCAAGCAGUCAAAGAGGGUUUGUUGAGGGAGACCCCCACCAAAGAAGAGGUGGACAGGGCGCGAGAGCAGUUUGCGGUCAGUCUACGCAGAAUUAGCGAGUACGGAUGGUACUGGGGCCCGAUGAGUUGGGAUGACGCCGAGUCCCGGUUGGAGAACAUGCCCGACGGCUCGUUUCUGGUCAGGGACAGCUCCGACGACCGACAUCUACUGAGCCUGAGCUUCAGAGCUCAGGGCAGUACGCAUCACACGCGGGUUGAGCAUCAUAAUGGUAAAUUCAGUUUCUGGUCUCAGCCCUGCAGUCACGGCAGUGCCUCCAUCGUUGAGUUCGUGGAGGAAGCCAUGCGUCAUUCCCACAGCGGCCGGGUGCUGUACUUCCUGCGGCCCCGCAUGCCUGGCUACCCUCCUGCGGCAGUCCAGCUUCUGUACCCGAUCUCUCGCUUCCAGAAGUCGCGCUCCCUGCAGCACAUGUGCCGUUUCGUCAUCCGCAAGCACGUCCGGUUGGACCACAUUGACAAUCUGCCCUUGCCGCGGAGGUUGAAGGACUACUUAAAGGAGGCACAAUACUACACGCAGGAGGACAUCUUACACUAAAGGUAUAACCAGUAUUUGAGAAUCGUGUGUGACAUCUCAUACUGUCUUAGAGCCAGACGCGCUUCUUUCACUUACUGAUGUUCCCAUCUUGUGAAGAAAUAAUGAUGAAAAUGAUGAAAAUAUCAUUAUGCAACUUUUGCCACUUUUAUCAUACAGUGUAUGUACUUAAAAGUGAAAAAUUUAAACAGAGAUUGAGUGUCUCAUUGACACCACAGUUUUUGGUGUGUGGUGAUCAUUUUGCCACAAUAUGUCUAAAAGCUAAUGAAUUUUCGCCUUUCUUUUUUUCUCCGAUACUGAACUUAAAUUGUUUGCAUUUUGUUGAUCUAUAUCUGCUAUGUACAUUGUUGGCCUUGUAUGCAAACUUUUAAGUUUUUUUGAAAUUGGGCAUUCAACAUCUUCUACAUGUACAUGUUUCUUCUGCACAAAUGAUUUGCUCUUUUUUUUCUUUAGUAAACGUACAUGUACAUAGAUCCCAGCAUUAAAAUAAGACACUGGCUUGUCUUAACUAUUGCCUUUAUCUUUACAUCAAUUUUGGACCAAACAUUAAAGUCCUAUUUUAUGCAAAUUCAAAAGUCAAUAAAUGAAUUGAGUAUUAAUAAAGACUAUUUUCAAGGAAUGUUGAAACCAAUAAUAUUUAAAUGCGAAAUAUUUAGAAACUGGCAAUACAUGCGAAUACUGGUGUAUAAAUUUGUAAAAAUGUUGCCGGCUUUAUGAAAAGAAAUACAUGUAUGAAGCAAGGGUCCAGGUGUAAAACACAAAAAUAUAUUCUAGUAUUUACCAAAAGAAAUACACGUACAUGUACGUGGUAUUGGAUUUGAUUUUUAAUGGAUUACCUCCAUACAUGGCAGUGUUGUAAAUAGCAUUUUUGGAUACUUGUUCACAUGUAUAUAUUGUAACGUGCGUAGCCAAUCAGUUUCCCUAGCCCUGCCAGGUCUAGUGAUGUCAGCACCUGCUGUUGAAUGCCACAGCUCUGGUGGUGCUUCCAGUUGAGCCCUUCUAUACCUCUGUGGUAGUGUGGAUUGAUUUUGGGUUGAUUUGGGGUGGGUGACCUAGUGGAUUGAGUUGAUCACUGUGGAAGGGGGUGGAUUCGGGUGGAUAUGGGUGGAUCACCAGUGGAUGGGAGGAUCACUGGUGGAUUUAAUGUGGAUCACUGUGGACCACACCCCUUUAACCAACUAUAAUUAAUUAGACAAUCAACAAUAAAUUAGGCACAGGAGAUCUGCUUUACUUGGCAACGCAUGUUACAAUAUUGUGGUCUGUACAUGUAUGAACCUAAUACAUGCACCUCAGUGGAAAUGUUUCCUUAAUUUUUUCAAAACUGUUAAGUUCACGUUGAGUGUGCCUUCUAGUUGUGUAACACAGCAUUGUAUGGACGAUGGACCAUGGAUAUGAUGAGACAGUUCUCCUGGUGGGGGGAUGGGGGAGCAGGGGGUAGAGAGUGCAGGGCAUGGGGAAGGGACUUCUCUAACAAGCUCAGUGGCUUUUGUAAUUAAUUUUUUUCUCUGAUUUGUUACAAUCGAGAAAAUGUUACAAAGCUGUCUGAAAGUUCCCCCACAUCAAGUCAGACUUUAUCCCCCUCCCCCAAAUUGCACACCCCAGCCCCUAUCUCUUCUACAGUGGCCCAACUAACAACUUUUCACUCUACAGAAAUGCACGUAGAAAUACUCUGUAAAUAGUUGCGUGAGUGCAGUGGCAUUAACAGAUGCUGCCGUCCUCGCAUACUUGUACAUAAGAAUUGAAUAUUAUGCUCUGGUGACAGCAGAAUUACAUGUACAUGUAGCUAAGGAACUUUUUCUGUACAAUACUCAGAGAAGCAAUUUACUGAAAAUGACGAUAUGUUUGAGCAGCAACUGUACAG